AUGCCAGCAUGUGCCAUUGAAAUUUACCAGAACCGUCAGAAAAGUUUUCAGCGUACAUUAUUGAAGUUCCAUCACGGUUUGAGAUCCCGUACCAGAUACGCUUUCAAGCGUGAUUACAAGACCAAUGGUGUUAUUGCUUUGUCCACCUACUUGAAGGCCUACAAGGUUGGUGACAUUGUUGACGUCAAGGUUAACGGUGCCGUCCAGAAGGGUAUGCCAUUCAAAUACUACCACGGUAAGACUGGUAUCAUCUACAACGUGACCAAGACCGCCGUCGGUGUUAUCUUGUACAAGGUUGUCGGUAACAGAUACUUGGAGAAGAGAGUGAACAUCAAGGUUGAGCACAUCAAGCACUCCAAGUGCCGUCAAGAGUUCUUGGAGAGAGUCAAGGAGAACGCUGCCAAGAAGGCUGCCGCCAAGGCUGCUGGUGAGGCUGUUUUGUUGAAGAGACAACCAGUUGGUCCAAGACCAUCCAAGGUUGUGUCUGGUAUCCCAACCACUUUGGCUCCAGCUGCUUACGAAACUUACAUUUAA